UCAUGGCAGGCAGUAAGUUGGUGCUAGAAGGUAGAGUAAGUGUAAAAGCGUUUGUUUUAGGACUCAGCGUGGUUAUAAUCCCAUUGAUUAGAACGUGGUUUGGACAUCUCGACUGGGUCUUUGAUUAUUUGACGGAAACUCCCGGAAAAAUAGUGAUUUGUAUCCACAUUGCAGUUAUCAACGGCCUCUUGCUAAUCAUAUACAGAGGACCUCUGUACAAGGUUGCUGUGAGAGCCUGCUUUCUGGGAGUCACUUUUGGCUGUGGUUUAAUUAUAAGCUGCUCUGAAACCACUUGGACACAUUUUGGCUGGUACAUGUGCUCGCUGUCUUUCUUCCAUUACUCUGAGUACCUGGUGACGGCUAUCAUUAACCCUCGCAGCCUGUCGCUGGACUCCUUCCUGCUCAACCACAGCGUGGAAUACACCCUGGCUGCAGUCUCAUCAUGGGUGGAGUUCACUGUGGAGAGACUGAUCGUUCCAGAGCUGAAGCAGCUGAACUGGCUUAGUGUCGUGGGUCUGCUCAUGGUGUUGUGUGGUGAGGGCCUGCGAAAGGCGGCCAUGCUGACGGCCGGUUCCAACUUCAACCACAUUGUCCAGAAUGAGAAGGCCCAGAGCCAUGUGCUGGUCACCAGCGGGGUCUACUCCUACUUCAGACACCCCUCCUAUGUGGGCUGGUUCUACUGGAGCACAGGAACACAGGUCAUGCUGUGUAACCCAGUGUGUAUAUUGGGCUACACGAUAGCCAGCUGGCGGUUCUUCAGGGAGCGAAUCGAGGAGGAGGAGCUCUCCCUCAUCCACUUCUUCGCUGAGGACUAUGUGGAGUACAAGAAGAAGGUUCCCACUGGGCUGCCCUUCAUCUCAGGCAUCCGUGUCAACUAGUCCGAGGAGCUGGAUGCUGGACCUAACAGACUUAAAGCACUAAGGCAGGUCAGACUUGGUAGAUGUGUAGCGUCUGCCGUUGUGGCUGCCCUCCAGAGGGAAAUCCUGCAGCUGUCUGAGAGCCUGUAGCUCACAGACAGAGAAUGUGACAGCUAGGAGGCGGCGGGCAGCUGGGCUGCUGUUUUUCUACCAACUUCCAAAAUCCAGUUAAAGACCAGACAACCUCCACUGUACUACAUGUAUUCCUAUAACGGCCACGCCAUGUGUUUCAGUUGCUUCUGUUUGCAUGCUUAGACCAUGCUUAGCGUUUUCACUCAUCACCUGUCAUGUUCAUAUAUUACCCUGGGCCCUUUGGCAUCAUCUAUCAGCAGAGAGAGAAAUGGCCAUUCUCUGGAGUUUGAAUGCAGAUGUUUGAGAUUCACAGGGAAUCCACUGGGUUUGAUAUAGGCUUGGGCUGUAUCUAAUUUUUCAUACCUUUGUACCCUCUCCCAAACGGCCAGUCAGACUUGUAAUUACACAGUGGAAACCCACAAAAUGUUAAGAAAAGUAAUAUUCUCACAGGUAUUUUCCUUAUUAAACAGAAAUACAUCUGUACUCCUUAUGUACUCCUUAUGAAUUCAGCUUUCUGUCUUAGAUUUUGAAAUACCCUGGUAUACCGUCCAAGCCUAGUUUACUAAUUUUUUGUUUGUUUUGUUUUUAAAUGAUAUGAUCAUCAAUACUUAAAAGAAUUCGCCACCACUGUCCCUAUUUCAGCUAAUCCUUCACUGUCCCUAAAUGUCCCCACUUAUAAACCUCAGAAACAAUUAAAGAAAAUUUCCACUGGAAAUGUUAUCAUGUAGUUUUGAGUCAGCAAACCCCUGUAGCAGAGCUCCUCACAGACCCACUCUGUGUCCAGGAGCUGUCCCCAUGAGGACACGAGGCUGGCUUUCUGUCCUAUCAGGUCUGGUCGGGCCCUGUUGUGUUGCUGCAGGUCUCUGAUCUGUGCGUAUCAUCACUGAGGCUGAUGGACCGUGUGAAGUGAGCAGGAUAAAUAACGUCUUUGUAUUGUCAGGACCAAUCCUCUCCGUGUCUCUUUUGUUGUAAUGAUUUGAAGCGUGUUAUGUUGGAGUCUGUUCUCUGUAGGUCUGUGUCUGAUGGGAUCUAAAUGCAGACCUCCACCCUGUCUAGUCUUUAAGGGUAUCUCUGAAAGCUUUGUAUCUUGCUCCUUUACAGAGGGGGUCCACCUGGGUGAACCAGUGCAUCCUAACAACGGUAAAUGGUGCAAUAGGUGAUGUUACAUUUUUUUAAUUUAAGAAUUUACUCUCAGAGGCUUUAUUUAAGAAUAUUAGAAUGAAUAAAACUUUAAAGAAAGUAAAGAUUUCUACCAGGUUUACAGGACUGUUUAAAUUUAGUUAGUGAGGAAGCAUCAUUGUUUACAGAUGAGUGAAUAUAAGGCCAACAGUGGCCUGCUUUAUGUCCAACCCUGAUAUCCACUCCCUAAAUGUGCACUCAGGCUAAAACACUCAAAUCACAGUGUGAAUGAAACUUUGUCAAGUGGAUUUAAAAAAAUUUUUUUUUACAAAGCUGCGUAAAGUGACAAUACACAUAUUGCCUGUUCACAAUUGUUCUGUUUCACAGUCAUUUGAGACAUGUUUGUGUACACAGGGGCAGGUGGCAUGAUGGAUUGUCAUUCUAGAGGUUGUGUUUUGUCUAAGAAAAUAAGAGCUGGCUUUACCUCCUGACCAUCAUCAGUACACAAAUGGAAGUGCUGAUAGCACUUCCUGCGUUAUAACCUCCCUGGAUUGUUUUUUGUUGUUUAAUUUAUAAAUCUUGUCUUUGCUUUGUUUUGUGAGAAGUCACUGUCCUAAACAGCACUAGACCGUUUACUGUUAUUUUCAUCAGCAUCACGUCAUCACGCUUCUCCUUUUACAGCUCUAAUACUCUAAACUUUUUACACUGAAAGGUAUCCAGUGGUGUUUCUAAGCAGCAGUGGUGUUGCGGUGCCAUGUCUGAAUGAGCUUGUGUCAACAGUGAAAGCUUGAAUGAUAUUCAGAGUGUUUGGAAAUACUCCGUGGUUUUGGAAGAUUGUUCCAUUGCUUAACUAAUCUAUAAACAAACUCAACUGAUUCCCAUCAGGAUAGAAAUGAGAGGACAGCGGGGAUCUAAAAAUUAUCCAAGCAUGGUCAUGAUGGUCACAGAGUUGAGCAGGAGCAACAGAGCAAAAUAAAAACUGCCAUAAAACUUUAAUUAACAGCCCAGGCUAUUAUUUGCUUAAACCACUGAACUCAGCAGGAGAGACUUUUACUUCUUUCACACAAAACAGUUGAUCAGCAGCUAACUAACAUUAUCUUUAGUUACCUCACUGACAUAGGUGGUCAAAGAACUUCUAUAAAAUGAACUGCAUCGUAACCACACCGGGCCUCUAAUUGAGACAGGCCUUUAUUUGUCCAAAUGUGUCGCCACACCAGGCCAGUAAAAAGGGACUGGGCGUUUAAUUGGGAGAGACUCAUAUUUGAAGUUUUAUGGUAAUUUGUGCAAACUAAUAUUUUGUGCCCUCAAUUAUAUCUUGCAAGCUUGUACUUAAUAUAACUGAUGGUUUAUGUACACAACUUAAUUGAACAAAUCCUUAAACAGUAGUUGAUGUUUCAACACAUUAAACAGAUCUCAAAGAUGUUCCCUUGGCUAUAGUUUUGCGAGUUAGGAACAGUGGGAAUCCUGCGUUUAUCCACUAGAUGAGUCACAGUUCCUCCUGCCAUCUCCUCAUUCAUCACAGAUACCUCAGUCACACCUGAUCUGAGUUUCUCCAACUCUGCAAGACUCAGGCCUCUGUUUUCUGAGCGGAAUACAGCAGUCUGCCUGUCGUAGACGCCUUUAGAUGCAGUCUUUUUUUUUAACCAGUGGAUGACUGUUCCUGUCACAUUCAGGAAUUUUCCAUGAUGCAAGAUUACAUUUAACGAAUCAGCCAAUUUUCUGCAAUUAGAAUCCCACCUCAGGAGAUAGUCCUGUCUGACACCAUCCAGCGCACUGCUGCACAUCUGCAGUAUUCCCAAAACCUCCUCUGGCAUUGUUGGGCUGGAGAUAAAUAAAGGGGCAUUAUCUGCAUCAGAAAGGUUUGCAAAUUUUCCAAGGCCUUCAAACUUGGUAAUUGGUUUCCCAAACAGCUGGGUAUGCUUGUUUUACUGCUCAGAUUUGUACCUCCAGGAGGCCUUUGCCACUUUUUCCUUCUGGAGCUUCUUAACCCUUUUAUACCUAAGCAAUUUGGCUUGAUUUCUCUUGACAAAUAUGGGAAGAUGGUGACAAGCAACUUGACAAGAAAUGUCCCAAAAAUAGCAAGAAAUUAGCAAAAAACUUACGAGAAAAUUAAUAGAAAAUAAGCACCUCCCAGCUAAUUUUCAGAAUCUUUCCUUGUAGAUUUUACUGAUCGUUUGCAGUUUGUGGGACAUUUCUUGUCAAGUUGCUCAUUAUGGGUAUUUUUCCCUGUGUUUUUGUAAGAUAUCAAACCAGUUUUCUCAGGUUUCAGAGGUUUAAAUGCUAGUGAAAAGAAUCUGAAUGCAGCGCGAGAAAACUGAUGCAAAUCCAGUUGUUAAAGGGUUAAUCAAUACUUACACAUUUUGAUUAACCUUCCUGGGACAUCUGGUCAGAAACUACUUUCCCUUGCAUCCCCAUGCAGAUUUUGCUCUUAGCAUCCAUCACCAUCACCACAGCAGGAGAGAGUGAGACCUCUGUUCAAAUGUCAGCAUUAAUGUUUCAUUUCAUGUUCUCUUCAUUCAUGCCUAAAAAUUAUUAAUUCAGCAAAUUUUGAAUUGAGUCAAAACAAACGUGUGUGUGUUUGUUUUCAUGUUAAUGAAGGAACAUGCCAUUCAGUGCAGCAGAGUGGCUCACUGAUGGUUCCAGUUUUUGGACAGCAGAGGAGCUCUGUGGCCCAGAGGACGAACUGAGAUUCAAAAAGACACGCACAUCCUUUAGUGGGUGCUGGAUCCAAGAUAAGCCAAAAAAAUAGAGGUCUGCACAUCAGGAAGCUCCCCUUGAAGGAUUUUAUUCUGCAAAAAAUAAGUGACGUUUUGACCACAGGAAGAACACACACGGCAUCUAUUGAAAUAUACUUUCAUUAUUGCUUCAACUGAUGUGAUAAUGUUGUACCUAAAUGCUAAAUUAUAGACCGCUUCCCAUCCCAAUGAGGACUAUGUAAAAAGACGGGAAAUAUCCCCCCUAAUUUGCUAAUUUAGUGAACCAAUGGCACAAUCUACUAAACACUACACUUGUGUAUUUUGGAGAAAGCGAGCAUGUGUGUUUUGGGGUGUAGAGUGUUUACAGUCUGAGUUUAAAGUGACAUACUUGUAGCAAAUGUGUGUGUGGGGUGACAUAAAGACAGUGCUGGGUACGAGGUGCAGUGAGCUGACGGCUGCAGCAUGGAGCACCUGAGUUAAGUUUUGGAUCUGUUGCACUUUUGCUGUAUAGGUAUCCAUUUAUCAUAAGCCUGUAUUAAACUGUUGAAACUCUGAAA